AUGCCUGCAGGUGAUAAGCCCCAAUUUCGAGACGUCUCAAAUGUCCCGCUUCCCUCCGCCCUUCCGUUCCCCUCUCCUCUCAUCCGCUCAAUGCCUGCAGGUGAUAAGCCCCAAUUUCGAGACGUCUCAAAUGUCCCGCUUCCCUCCGCCCUUCCGUUCCCCUCUCCUCUCAUCCGCUCAAUGCCUGCAGGUGAUAAGCCCCAAUUUCGAGACGUCUCAAAUGUCCCGCUUCCCUCCGCCCUUCCGUUCCCCUCUCCUCUCAUCCGCUCAAUGCCUGCAGGUGAUAAGCCCCAAUUUCGAGACGUCUCAAAUGUCCCGCUUCCCUCCGCCCUUCCGUUCCCCUCUCCUCUCAUCCGCUCAAUGCCUGCAGGUGAUAAGCCCCAAUUUCGAGACGUCUCAAAUGUCCCGCUUCCCUCCGCCCUUCCGUUCCCCUCUCCUCUCAUCCGCUCAAUGCCUGCAGGUGAUAAGCCCCAAUUUCGAGACGUCUCAAAUGUCCCGCUUCCCUCCGCCCUUCCGUUCCCCUCUCCUCUCAUCCGCUCAAUGCCUGCAGGUGAUAAGCCCCAAUUUCGAGACGUCUCAAAUGUCCCGCUUCCCUCCGCCCUUCCGUUCCCCUCUCCUCUCAUCCGCUCAAUGCCUGCAGGUGAUAAGCCCCAAUUUCGAGACGUCUCAAAUGUCCCGCUUCCCUCCGCCCUUCCGUUCCCCUCUCCUCUCAUCCGCUCAAUGCCUGCAGGUGAUAAGCCCCAAUUUCGAGACGUCUCAAAUGUCCCGCUUCCCUCCGCCCUUCCGUUCCCCUCUCCUCUCAUCCGCUCAAUGCCUGCAGGUGAUAAGCCCCAAUUUCGAGACGUCUCAAAUGUCCCGCUUCCCUCCGCCCUUCCGUUCCCCUCUCCUCUCAUCCGCUCAAUGCCUGCAGGUGAUAAGCCCCAAUUUCGAGACGUCUCAAAUGUCCCGCUUCCCUCCGCCCUUCCGUUCCCCUCUCCUCUCAUCCGCUCAAUGCCUGCAGGUGAUAAGCCCCAAUUUCGAGACGUCUCAAAUGUCCCGCUUCCCUCCGGCCUUCCGUUCCCCUCUCCUCUCAUCCGCUCAAUGCCUGCAGGUGAUAAGCCCCAAUUUCGAGACGUGAUAAGCCCCAAUUUUGAGACGUCUCAAAUGUCCCGCUUCCCUCCGCCCUUCCGUUCCCCUCUCCUCUCAUCCGCUCAAUGCCUGCAGGUGAUAAGCCCCAAUUUCGAGACGUCUCAAAUGUCCCGCUUCCCUCCGCCCUUCCGUUCCCCUCUCCUCUCAUCCGCUCAAUGCCUGCAGGUGAUAAGCCCCAAUUUCGAGAUGUCUCAAAUGUCCCGCUUCCCUCCGCCCUUCCGUUCCCCUCUCCUCUCAUCCGCUCAAUGCCUGCAGGUAAUAAGCCCCAAUUUCGAGACGUCUCAAAUGCCCCGCUUCCCUCCGCCCUUCCGUUCCCCUCUCCUCUCAUCCGCUCAAUGCCUGCAGGUAUCUUGCCCCACUCUCCUCUGCCCCUCUCCCUCCUCCGUUGCACUGCACCCCACCUCCCUGCAGAAGCUAUCCUCUCUCCUUUCCAUCGCCCUUCGCUUCGCCACCACCGUCAGCACCACCAUCCACACAGCCUCCUCUCUCCCCGGCCUUGAUUCGUCGUCUUCAUCAUCAGCAGCAGCAGGAGGAGGAGGAGGAGGAGGAGGAGGAGGAUGGGGAGGAGGAGGAAGGGGGGGUUAUGGGGUGGAGGGUAGGACCAGUGGAGGCGAGCUGGCUGAUUACGCGUACGGCGAUGCCACGUCAGAUGCCAAGGGACGGGCGGCCCGGGCGGCAUUCCGUCGACAGUUAGCGGCAGAGGAGCUACAGCGGGGUUUGGAGGAGGAAGGGUUUGUCGAAGAAAUGAGGGCCAUGCAUGCCGCUUUCGCGACCUCUCUCCGGGCUGCCACUACUGCCAUCGCAUCUGCCCUCCGAGACCAUCCUGUGUUGCUCUCCCUGCACCUCGCCCUCUCUGCUGUUGCCAAAGGACUUCCUUAA